AUGGAUGUACUUCGUAUUUCGAUCUUGCUAAAUUUCCUCUAUUUUGCACUUGUAAACGGACAAAACUACAAUGUACUUAAUUUUAGUGCUAAAGGAGAUGGUCAUACCGAUGAUUCAACGGCUUUUGCGAAAUCGUGGAAUGCCACAUGUAAUGGAGAAGGAGAUAUGAAAACACUUUAUAUUCCUGCUGGCAAAACAUUUUUAACUCAAUCUAUUUUGUUCCAAGGCCCAUGUAAAUCUAGCUCUAUUAAAGUUCAGUUGGAUGGCGUCAUUGUUGCACCUAGCAACAAAGGAGCAUGGCUCAGCUACAAAUUCCUCGGUUGGAUCAAUUUCUCAAAUGUAUUGGGUCUAACGAUUGUUGGUUCUGGAACGAUUAAUGGUCGUGGUUCAUCUUUUUGGGAGCAAAAUUCGAAAAUUUCUCAAAGGCCUACGGCGUUACAUAUUUUAGGGUGUGAUAACCUUAGGAUAAGCGGGAUAACUUCUAUUGAUAGUCCAAAAAAUCAUAUAUCAAUCAAAUCGUGCAAAAAUGUUACAAUAUCGAAUAUAAAUCUUUUAGCACCCGAGCAAAGUCCAAAUACAGAUGGGAUUGAUAUAAGUGCCUCGACUAGUAUCAACAUAUUCAACUCGACAAUUAAAACGGGAGACGAUUGUAUAGCAAUCAACACCGGAACUGUCAAUAUCAACAUCACAAGGAUUAAUUGUGGACCUGGUCAUGGAAUAAGUGUGGGAAGUUUAGGAGCUCAAGGAGUAGACGCUGUAGUAAGUAAUGUUCAAGUGACUCACUGCACUUUCAACCAGACAAAAAAUGGAGCUAGAAUCAAGACAUGGCCGGGUGGAGAAGGAUAUGCAAAAAACAUAAGUUUUGAAAAUAUCACACUUAUUAACGCACAAAAUCCAAUUAUAAUCGACCAACAUUAUAUAAAUAAAGGGCGUCCUUAUGCUAUAGAGGAAUCAGCAGUGGCGAUUAGCGAUAUAAAUUUUGUGGGUUUUCGCGGAACGACAUCGAGUAAAGAUGCUAUAAUACUUAGAUGUAGUGAGAUCACACAUUGUAAAGACGUCGUUAUGGAUGGGAUCGAUAUUACUAUGGUGAAUGGAGGGAAACCUACAGUUGAUUGUCAAUAUGUCGAUGGAAAGUCUAAUGACGUUAAUUUGAUGCAUUCAAUUUUCUUGAUUGGUCAAACCACACAUCAACCAGUUCGAUCAGUGAGUCUUCCUUCAAGAAUCCAUCCAUUCUCUGUUAAACUCAGAGCAGCCUUGAACCGGUUCAGUAUCUGGCAGAGAUCUUCUUCCUCGAUCUCGGUUUCCGUUUCUUUUGGGUCCGAGACUCUUCUCGUUGGACUCAUGAACCUCAACGAGCUCUACGGUUGUAUGCAUAAGCUACUUGAGUCCCCUUACGUGAAACACACUCUUCCUCAUCACAAGAAAGGGGAACUUCUAGAAGAUUCUUUAGAUGGAUCCGUUUUGUUCCUCGAUGUAUGUGAGGCCGCAAGGGAAGCUAUUGUCUCGCUGAGAGAACAUGUGACGAAUCUCAAAUCGACUCUUCUUCGUAGGAAAAGUGGCGUACGUAGAGAAGGAGGUUAA